GUGGAACGGAGGUCAGGCUACCAACCCUAACCUCUUGAGCGGUUCUAAAGAAAUAGCUAAAUGGCUUGACUCUUGAGAGGGAGUAAAUAUGACACCAGCUAAAUGUAAUAAUAACGCCUUCAUAUGCUAGCAAAUAAUACUGUCGUUUAUAACAAAGCUAUUAUACCAUGAAGUUGCUUCAUAAAGAUAUCGAAAAAGACAAUGCCGGGUAAGUGAGUAUCAACAGGCUAGCUAGCUAGCUAGCUAACGAACGUUAAAGCUAGCAGGUUAAAGCUAGCAGGUCUGUUUCACGUUAUUUUGUUGCUAGCUAGCACUAGUGUCCGACGUAGCAAUAUACUUCUGGUACAGUGCAACUAUUCAUAGGCACCACCAGUCUAUUGUAUGGCAUUUCAAUACAUCAUUAAACAUGAACAAUGGUGUAUCCAUGUGUUGUUGAAUUUGAUAGGAAAUGGCCGUCCUGGUUUAUCAGCUGCUGAGCACCAAAUAUGCGCAGUUGACCAUACUCAUAGUCAUGCAUACUAGCUAGAAUAUCAUCGUAGAAAUACCUUUGAAUUGUAAUAUUGGUGUGCUGAGUGCUCUAUACCAGGGGUUUUGAAACUUUUGUUGCCCAGGGACCCCCGCGCAGGCAACCCAGGGCCCCCAUAUGUUAGCAAAAAUAUAUAUAAUCACGUCUUGUCUUAUCAUCAGGUGAAUGGCAAGUAGAAGUAAUCAACAUUUUAAAAUAAAUAGAUUUGGUAGACAGUUUCAUUAUUUUUACCUCCCUGUCCACAGUUCAUUGUAAGAGGAAGUGUAAACUCUAACAUCUUUUAACUAGUAAUGUAAAUGUAAAGGUUUCUUGGCAUAGAGAACAUUUUACUGUUGGAAAGCACAUUUUCUGCAGUACACAUUUUGAUGUUUUGAAGCUAAUUUACUACAAUUCAGUGCAUUUUGCCAUGGCUAAUGCUGUGUUCCUCUGUGCAAACAUUAUAACAAAAUCAAUGAGCAUGUGCCCUGAAUGCCUGGUUUUUGGAAUUUUCAAUUACACUUGACUGUCUACAUUUACAUUUAAGGCCUUUUAGCAGAUGCUCUUAUCCAGAGCAACUUACAGUUAAUUAUUCUUACAUUGUUCUUAAGAUAGCAAGGUGAGACAACCACAUAUCGCGGUCAUUGUAAGUACGCUAGAUACAGUGCAUUCGGAAAGUAUUAAGACCGCUUCACUUUUUUUCUCAUCAAUCUACACACAAUACCCCAUAAUGACGAAGCGAAAACAGGUUUUUAGAAAUAUUUGCAAAUGUAUUACAAAUAAAAACUGAAAUACCUUAUUUACUUAAGUAUUCAGACCCUUUGCUAUGAGACUCGAAAUUGAGCUCAGGUGCAUCCUGUUUCCAUUGAUCAUCCUUGAGAUGUUUCUAUAACUUUACCUGUAGUAAAUUCAAUUGAUUGGACAUGAUUUGGAAAGGCACAUACUUGUCUAUAGAAGGUCCCACAGUUGACAGUGCAUGUCAGAGCAAAAACCAAGCCAUGAGGUCGAAGGAAUUGUCCGUAGAGCUCAGAGACAGGAUUGUGUCGAGGCACAGAUCUGGGGAAGGGUACCAAAAAAUGUCUGCAGCAUUGAAGGUCCCCAAGAAAAUAGUGGCCUCCAUCAUUCUUAAAUUGAAGAAGUUUAGAACCACCAAGACUCUUCCUAGAGCUGGCCGCCCGGGUGAGGGCCUUGCUCAGGGAGGUGACCAAGAACCUGAUGGUCACUCUGACAGAGCUCCAGAGUUUCUCUGUGGAGAUGGGAGAACCUUCCAGAAGGACAACCAUCUCUGCAGCACUCCACUAAUCAGUCCUUUAUGGUAGAGUGGCCAGACGGACAUGACAACCUUCUUGGAGUUUGCCAAAACGCACCUAAAGGACUCUCAGACCAUGAGAAACAAGAUUCUCUGGUCUGAUGAAACCAAGAUUGAACUCUGACCUGAAUGCAAAGCGUCACGUCGGUAGGAAACCAGGCACUGCACAUCACCUGACCAAUACCAUCCCUACAGUGAAGCAUGGUGGUGGCAGCAUCAUGCUGUGGGAAUGUUUUUCAGCAGCAGGGACUGGGAGACUAGUCAGGAUCGAGGGAAAGAUGAACGGAGCAAAUUACAGAGAGAUCCUUGAUGAAAACCUGCUCCAGAGCGCUCUGGACUUCAGACUGGGGCAAAGGUUCACCUUGCAACAGGACAACGACCCUAAGCACACAGCCAAGACAACGCAGGAGUGGGUUUGGGACAUGUCUCUGAAUGUCCUUGAGUGGCCCAGCCAGAGCCCGGACUUGAACCCAAUCGAACAUCUCUGGAGAGAGCCGAAAAUAGCUGUGCAGCGACGUUACCCAUCCAACCUGACAGAGCUUGAGAGGAUCUGCAGAGAAGAAUGGGAAAAUUCCCCAAAUACAGGUGUGCCAAGCUUGUAGCGUCAUACCCAAGAAGACUCGAGGCUGUAAUCGCUGCCAAAGGUGCUUCAACAGAGUACUGAGUAAAGGGUCUGAAUACUUGUGUAAAUGUGAUAUUUCAGUUUUUUUUACCUGUUUUUGCUUUGUCAUUGCUUUGUAGAUUGAUGAGAUUGAUGAGGAAAAAAUGUAUUUAAUCAAUUUUAUUAUAAGGCUGUAAAAUAACAAUGUGUGGAAAAAGGGAAGGGGUCUGAAUACUUGCAGAAUGCGCUGUAUAUACAGUACCAGUCAAAAGUUUGGACACACAUACUCAUUCAAAGGUUUUUCCUUAUUUUUCCUAUUUUCUACAUUGUAGAAUAAUAGUGAAGCCAUCGCUAUAAUUACACAUAUGGAAUCAUGUAGUAACCAAAAAAGUGUUAAACAUAACAUUUAUAUUUGAGAUUCUUCAAAGUAACCACCAUUUGCCUUGAUGACAGCUUUGAACACUCUUGGCAUUCUCUCAACCAGCUUCAUGAGGAAUGCUUUUCCAACAGUCUUGAAGGAGUUCCCACAUAUGCUCAGCACUUGAUGGCUGCUUUUCCUUCACUCUGCGGUCCAACUCAUCCCAAACCAUUUCAAUUGGGUUGAGAUCGGGUGAUUGUGAAGGCCAGGUCAUCUGAUGCAGCACUCCAUCACUCUCCUUCUUGGUCGAAUUGCCCUUACACAGCCUGGAGGUGUGUUUUGGGUCAAUGUCCUGUUGAAGAACAAAUGAUAGUCCCACUAAGCGUGAACCAGAUGGGAUGGCGAAUCGCUGCAGAAUGCUAUGAUAGCCAUGCUGGUAAAGUGUGCCUUGAAUUCUAAAUAAAUCACAGACAGUGUCACCAGCAAAGCACCCACACACCAUAACACCUCUUCCUCCAUGCUUCACGGUGGUACCCACACAUGCGGAGAUCAUCCGUUCACCUACUCUGCGUCUCACAAAGACACAGCGGUUGGAACCAAAAAUCUCAAAUUUGGACUCAUCAGACCAAAGGACAGAUUUCCACCGGUCUAGUGUCCAUUGCUCGUGUUUCUUGGCCCAAACGAGUCUCUUCUUUGGUGUCCUUUAGUAGUGGUUUCUUUGCAGCAAUUCGACCAUGAAGGCCUGAUUCACGCAGUCUCCUCUGAACAGUUGAUGUUGAGAUGUGUCUGUUACUUGAACUCUGUGAAGCAUUUAUUUGGGCUGAUAACUCUAAUGAACUUAUCCUCUGGAGCAGAGGUAACUCUUCCUUUCCUGUGGCGGUCCUCAUGAGAGCAAGUUUCAUCAUAGCUCUUGAUGGUUAUUGCCAUAAUAUGGACUUGGUCUUUUACCAAAUAGGGCUAUCUUCUGUAUACCACCCCUACCUUGUCACAACACAACUGAUUGGCUCAAAUGCAUUAAGAUGGAAAGAAAUUCCACAAAUUAACUUUUAACAAGGCACACCUGUUAAUUGAAAUGCAUUCCAGGUUACUACCUCAUGAAUCUGGUUGAGAUAAUGUCAAGAGUGUGCAAAGCUGUCAUCAAGGCAAAGGGUGGCUAUUUGAAGAAUCUCAAAUAUAUUUUGAUUUGUUUAACACUUUUUUGGUUACUACAUGAUUCCAUAUGUGUUAUUUCAUAGUUUUGAUGUGUUCACUAUUCUACAAUGUAGAAAAUGGUAAAAAUAAGGAAAAACCCUUGAAUUAGUAGGUGUCCAAACUUUUGACUGGUACUGUAUAUAUACACUACCGUUCAAAAGUUUGGGGUCACUUAGAAAUGUGCUUGUUUUCGAAAGAAAGUCAUAAUUUUGUCCUUUUAAAAUAACAUCAAAUUGAUCAGAAAUACAGUGUAGACAUUGUAAAUGGCUAUUGUAGCUGGAAACGGCUGAUUUUUAAUGGAAUAUCUACAUAGGCGUACAGAGGCCCAUUAUCAGCCACCAUCAGUGGGAGGCCCCGGUGCACAACUGAGCAAGAGGACAAAUACAUUAGUGUCUAAUUUGAGAAACAGACGCCUCACAGGUCCUCAACUGGCAGCUUCAUUAAAUAGGACCCGCAAAACACCAGUCUCAACGUCAAAAGUGAAGAGACGACUUCGGGAUGCUGACCUUCUAGGCAGAGUUGUAAAGAAAAAGCCAUAUCUCAGACUGGCCAAUAAAAAGAAAAAAUUAAGAUGGGCAAAAGAACACAGACAUUGGACAGAGGAAGAUUGGAAAAAAAGUGUUAUGGACAGACAAAUUGAAGUUUGAGGUGUUCGGAUCACAAAGAAGAACAUUUGUGAGACGCAGACCAAAUGAAAAGAUGCUGGAGGAGUGCUUGAUGCCAUCUGUCAAGCAUGUUGGAGGCAAUGUGAUGGUAUGGGGGUGCUUUGGUGGUGGUAAAGUGGGAGAUUUGUACAGGGUAAAAGGGAUCUUGAAGAAGGAAGGCUAUCACUCCAUUUUGCAACGCCAUGCCAUACCCUGUGGACGGCGCUUGAUUGGAACCAAUUUCCUCCUACAACAGGACAAUGACCCAAAGCACAGCUCCAAACUAUGCAAUAACUAUUUAGUGAAGAAGCAGUCAGCUGGUAUUCUGUCUAUAAUUGAGUGGCCAGCACAGUCACUGGCUCUCAACCCUAUUGAGCUGUUGUGGGAGUAGCUUGACCGUAUGGUACCCAAUGGUGGAACAAGCUCCCUCACGACGCCAGGACAGCGGAGUCACUCACCACCUUCCGGAGACACUUGAAACCCCACCUCUUUAAGGAAGACCUGGGAUAGGAUAAAGUAAUCCUUCUAUCCCCCCUUACCCCACCCCCCCAAAAAUAAUAAUAAAUAAUAAUUGUAAAGUGGUUGUCCCACUGGCUAUCAUAAGGUGAAUGCACCAAUUUGUAAGUCGCUCUGGAUAAGAGCGUCUGCUAAAUGACGAAAAUGUAAAUGUAGGUAAGAAGUGCCCAUCAAGCCAAUCCAACUUGUGGGAGGUGCUUCAGGAAGCAUGGGAGGAAAUCUCUUCAGAUUACCUCAACAAAUUGACAACUAGAAUGCCAAAGGUCUGCAAGGCUGUAAUAGCUGCAAAUGGAGGAUUCUUUGACGAAAGCAAAGUUUGAAGGACACAAUUAUUAUUUAUAUUAAAAGUCAUUAUUUCUAACCUUGUCAAUGACUACAUGUCCUAUACAUUUUGCUAUAUUUCCUAUUCAAACUCAUUUCAUGUAUGUUUUCAUGGAAAACAAGGACAUUUCUAAGUGACCCCAAACUUUUGAACGGUAGUGUAUAUAUAAUAUUGCGGACCCCCCGGAAACCAGUUUGAAAACCCCUGCUCUAUACAUUUCCAUCCUUAUUGCUACACAGAAAGUUAUUCUUGUCCUGAUCAAAUUGAAUGACUAACCUCAGUUAAACUUUCAAUCUUCCAACAUUGACUUGAACCACUAAUAGCAAUUCCCAUUACUGCUGCUUUUGAUUACAUUCAAUCUCACACAACCUGAACUGAGCUCUUUUAUCAAGGUUGUGAUGUGUGUGUGUGUAUGUGUGUGUUUCUCUCUCCCAGUCAGGUGACACUGAUGCCGGAAGAGGCAGAGGACAUGUGGCACACCUACAACUUACUGCAGAUCGGUGACAGUCUUAUGGCCUCCACUAUUAGGUGAACUUGCUAUUGUGACCGAUGUCAUUGUGCUUGCUUAACAGCAUAACAUUCAUUCCUCUCGAGCCUGCACGGGUACUCUAUCUUGGAUCCUCUGUCUUGCAAACUCACGACUGCCCACUUGGCAACGUCUAUACAACUGUGCUAUAGAAAAGUUAGUGAUUCGAUAGUGUGGGUGGAAACAUUUCAAGCUAUGGAGUGAGGUUACAAAUCUAACUCUGUUACACUAUCACUAUGGUACAUAAUCCUAGUCUGGUCCCAGAUCUAUUUGUGCUGUGUAGCCAAAUAUGGUGGUUGUCAUGUCUGGCACAAACAGAUCUGGUACCAGGUUAAUAUAAUCCUGCUGCGAACCAUGAUCAUACUACAGUUCUACCAUCAGUGGGUGGUUGCCAUUUGAGUGUUUCAGGAAGUCUUUGAAAUCCGUGUGACGUAGUAUAUUACCAUAUUGACUAUUUUAUGGUAAUACAAAAGUAAUUAGCUUUUCUCAGUCUCACUUGAGCUGUAAUGCUCGAUCUACCUCACUGUGUCUGUCACUCUCUCUCUCAAACACACACAUACACCUUUACUAAAAAGCGCAGCCUUAGUGACCCAUGAUACCUUUCUCCCUGAUUCCUCAGAAAGGUGCAGACUGAGUCAUCCACGGGCAGUGUGGGGAGCUCCAGAGUGCGCACCACCCUGUGUGUGUGUGUGGAUACUAUUGACUUUGACUCACAGGCCUGCCAGCUGAGGGUGAAGGGAACCAACAUCCAGGAGAAUCAAUAUGUGAAGGUCAGAGAUUAACAACGUUCAGGACAAAAACAGCGCACUUCCAUUUUAGCCUGUAACUGUUAUGUCAGUUUGGCAUUGUCAAAUUACCAGUAGACAAAUCAUGAUGCUAGGAAAGCUAAUGUUAAUGGUCUAAAUUGUGUGGAGUUUCCCAUUUUAUAUUUUGUUGUUUUGUGAUAGCUAGUGAAGGAAGUGCUUUUUCCUCUGUCCUUAGAUGGGGGCUUACCACACCAUUGAGUUGGAGCUAAACAGGAAGUUCACACUUGCCAAAAAGAUCUGGGAUAGUGUCGUGCUCGAUAGGAUCGGUGAGUGUGUACUUGUAACCUGUGAGUUGAUAGUGCACAACUCCUCAAAGGCCUAAAUCCCUGCUGUUUUGUACGUAAUAUGUCAAUCAAAAUCAUUGAAUUUCAAGGUAUUCCACUCACUAAGUAUUUCGUAUGGUUCUCUAUAUUGAGACCUGUUUUUGACAGGGUUCCCACGGGUCGAGAAAUUUCAGGAAUAUCAUGGAAUUUUCAAAUACGCAUUCCAGACAGGAAAAGUCAGGGAAUUUAGUCAAUACAUUGAUGCAGUUAUAGAAAAUUGGGGAAUUUUUCAUAUGGAUCACAGUUGAUAAAUUAAAUGAUCAGAAACAUGUACGUUGCAUUGCCUAAUGUGUGUGUGUGUGUGUGUGUGUGGAAGUUGUCACGUGGAAAUUCUUAUCUGUAGAUGUGGAUUUACCACAGAGUGGGAACCCUGUUUUGAGUACCUAGGCCUUCAUGCAACCUGAACUCUUCUUCUAUUUCCUGUGGCCCUCUCAGAGCAGGCGUGUGACCCCACCCAGAAGGCAGACGUAGCGGCCGUGGUGAUGCAGGAGGGUCUGGCCAACCUGGUGCUGGUGACCCCCGCUAUGACCCUACUAAGGGCCAAGGUGGAGGUGACCAUCCCUCGCAAGAGGAGAGGCAGCUGCACCCAGCAUGAGAAGGUCAGUAUAGGCUUCAUGACCCCAUCACUAAAGGGGCUUACAGACAGGGAGCUGCCAAAGUCGGCACGAGCAGCAAGCUGCAAAUCUAACUCUGUUAUACUAUCACUAUGCUACAUAAUCCUAGUCUGGUCCCAGAUCUAUUUGUGCUGUGUAGCCAACUAUGGUUGUAGUAAUGUUUGGAACAAACAGAUCUGGUAUCAGAUUAAUAUAAUCCUCCCUUGAACAAUGAUCAUACUCCAUACUACAGUUCUACCAUCAGUGGGUGGUUGCCAUUUGAGUGUUUCAGGAAGUCUUUGAAAUCCGUGUGACAUAGUAAAUUGCCAUAUUGACUAUUCUAUGGUAAUACAAAAGUAAUUAGCCUUGGUGAUGCAGGAGGGUCUGGCCAACCUGGUGCUGGUGACCCCCGCUAUGACCCUAGUAAGGGACAAGGUGGAGAGAGGCAGCUGCACCCAGCACGAGAAGGUUAAAGUGUUUAACUGGAGCGGCAGAGAAAAAUAUACCUUGCGUGCCCGUGGGCGGCAGAUGCCGUCCCUCCCUGUUCCACUCCCGCCAGGUUGGGAGGCAAACCUGCCGCCAGCUUUACAUAUAAACCAAUGGAGGCGGCUGUAUUUUAUUUUUCUGUGUGUAAGCGACUUAACAAUCAGAAUGGGUACAAUCAGUAUGUGCAAGGGUUUGGUUUCCUAAUGGGUUCUUUCGCUCUCUCAGGCCCUGGAUAGGUUCUAUGAGGCAGUGAUGCAGGGGAUCCUCAGACAUAUCAACUUUGACGGUGAGUCCUCAAGUAUCUCCCCCUUCAUGGUGAAACUCCCUACUGAACACAACUCAGGGCUGAUUAAGCAGGCAUCAUCUGGCCUGUGAAAUGGGGCAGAUUUAGAUCACGUGAUGGUCGCUCCCCCUACACACCUUCUAUUUUCCUCACCUUUUACCUAAUAUCACCUCUUUCUCACUCCGGCCCCCUGUCUUUUUUCUUUCUGUGUCAGUGGUGAAGUGUAUACUGGUGGCCAGUCCAGGGUUUGUGAAGGACCAGUUCAUGGCCUACCUCUUCAGGGAGGCAGUCCGACAAGACUCCAAGAUUCUGCUGGAGAACAGGCCCAAGUUCAUGUUGGUCCACUCCUCCUCGGGACACAAAUACUCCCUAAAAGGUGGGGAACAUGUUUUGGUAACGUUACAAUGAAUUAUUGAUGUGGUUGUAAUGCAUUGUAAGAAUUGCCAUAAGCAUUUAUAACCCCUUAUGCCUUCUUAUCAUGCUUACAACAUGUAAUAAUGCAUUAUACUUGUCAACUUUAAGUAAUGUGUUACUUAUGUUUUUUGUCUUCUUUUUUUUCCAAAUGUUGUUUUGAUAUUUCUUCCUUUUCUGUGGGGCAGUGCUUACUGUGUUGUGUUUUAUCCUGUAGAGAUUCUAUGCGAUCCAGCUGUCACGGCUAGAUUGUCUGAUACCAAGGUGAGUGUCCCAUUUAGUCUAUUAAUCCUACUAAUAGUCUAUUAAUCCAGUGUUAAUGAAUUUAUUGUGUAGAAAGUUGUACUCUGCGUGGCCCUUUCAAUUGAAAUACUGCAAUUUAUUCAUGCUUUGUCUUCUCUGUGACUCACAGGCAGCAGGAGAGGUGAAAGCCCUGGAGGACUUCUACAAGAUGCUACAACAUGAGCCCGACAGAGCCUUCUAUGGGUGAGAGAGAGACCAUGGUUGUGUUUAUUAGGGAAUACGGCAAAAAAUGUUUUAUACUGUUUGGCGGCAGAAAACAAAAAUGUACGUUGUUGGACAAGUCCAGAUAGUCCCUCCCUCCCUGUUUUGGUUUGUUUUCUUUCUUUUACGCUAAAAUCUGAAUUAGGCUAAUAAGAACACGUUUUCCGUUGCAAAACAUUUAGCUACGGUGUGCCCUACUGAACACGAUGCCAUGACUGACUAUGACGUUGAGAGUCCUCAUGUUCCACCACUACUAAACACUGACCUUUCUAUUCACUUGAUGUUGCAGGUUGGCUCACGUGGAGAAAGCUACCGAAGCACUGGCUAUUGACAUCUUGUUGAUUAGCGAUAAGCUCUUCAGGUAUGUAGUUUAUGGAGUUAUAUCUGUAUUUCUGUGAGGGAAAACAUUGUAUUUUGUGUGUGUUUAUAUAAAUAUUUGAGAAAGUGAGGAUAGAGACAUACACAUACAAUUCAUGUGUAUCUGUCGUGUGUGAAUUGUGCUCAUAUGUGUUUAUAACAUAACUUGAAUGCCACAACCAAAGUUCCCUGCAGAAAAAAGAAAGUUAUUCUAUUCUCAAGAUAAGUAGACUUACACUGAGUGUACAAUACAUUAGGAACACCUUCCUAAUAUGGAAUUGCACAAUCCAUGUCUCAAUUGUCUCAAAGCUUACAAAUCAUUAUUUUAACCUGUCUCCUCCCCUUCAUCUACACAAAUUGAAGUGGAUUUAACAAGUGAUUAAAUAAGGGAUUCACCUGGUCAGUCUGUCAUUGAAAGAGCAGGUGUUUCUAAUGUUUUAUACACUCAAUGAGGAGAGAAGGAGAUGGCGAGAAGAUGAGCUGUGAGGGGGUAUCGUCGCUUAUCUGUGCAUGUUCUUCAUUUCUUCAUUUGGAUGUCUCUGUCCCCAGGCACCAAGAUGUGGCCACACGGAGUAGAUACGUACGGUUGGUGGACAACGUGAGAGACAAUGGCGGAACCGUCAGGUAGGGGUAGGCGGGAAAGAGAAAUUAUGAUAAUGGCAAAAAUAUGAUAAUGAGUCAGAAAAUAUGAUAGGCUACUGUAGACAAAUUUAUACUGUAAUUAUGAUGAUUGCUUCUUAUAGUGAUCAUGUCCUUGACUCUCAUUCCAAUCCUCUAUAUUUUCUACCCCAGAAUAUUUUCAAGCCUUCAUGUAUCUGGAGAACGUAAGUUUUGUUCCUUCCAUAUUUAGUGAAAUGUCAAUGCCAUUUUCACAGAUGUGUUAUUGGUAGUAUACCACGGGUGUUUUUCAAAAUGCAUACUACCGUGCUCCGAGCACGGGAGGGUCGAAGUAUGAGUCCAAAUCAAAGUAUGCGAAACGGAGCACAGAGGGCUCUUCUCAAAUGCGUACUCCGUUUGUACAUAUUUUGAAGUAUGCAUCGAUGCAAACGUCAACGGCAAGUAUGCAAAGAAAUAUGACGCAACCACGUACAAAAUGAUGCAACAUUUCUUUAAAUCAAUGGCGGCCAUUAUUUGAGCUGAAGCGAGAGAAAAUACACUCUGACUUUGGAAUGAAAUGUUGCCUAUUCACAUUUCAUAUGUUACCUGACUACAAUAUUUUAUCUUGAUACGUUAAUAAAUACAUGCUGUGUUAAUUUUGGCAUGUUUACCUGCCUACGUACCGUAGAGCGCAAGCCUAUAAUAAGUCAAUAGGGCUAGCUACUAGUGCUGUUAGCUAGCCAGAUAGCCACAAAUAAUUGUUUGCUAGCUACCCACAAAGAAUUGACAUCUGUCUUGCAUAAUACUAGUUUUAGGUCAUUUUUGCCUGUUAAACAAUCUGGUUAGCUACAUUAUUACGAUUCACAUAGAGCAAGCUGAUAGUUAUGAAGUAAAACGGUUGCUUUUUAUAUAUCUUGUUUUGUCUCUAUUGCCAUUGUUGUCCUAGCUGGAAGACGGUUCAGUGAAUGGGUAGGUCCAUAGUAAGUCAAUAGGGCUAGCUAGCUAGCCACGAAGAAUUGGUAGUUACCCACUAAACAUUUACAUCUACCUUGCAUAACUUUAGUUUUAGGUCAUUUUUGCCUGUUUAACUAGCUGGCUAGCUAGAUUAUUACGAUUCACAUAUCUAGCUGAUAAUUAUUACGUUUGCUUUGUAAAGACCUUGUUUUGUCUAUUGUUGCCAUUGACCUGGCUAAAAGAAGGUUCAGUGAAUGGGGAGGUGAAGCGUAAGGUAAUACAGUAGGGGGAGUGCGAGUGCUUCUCAAAUGUAUUGUUUUAUGCAUUCCCCACACGAGCGUACUCAAGAGUACGUGGUCGGAGAAUGCACUCUGAGCAUGAGAGUGUGGAGCACGGUAGUAUGCAUACUGAGAAACACCCAAUGUUUCUUCUCCCCAUAGGGGAUUUCACUGAUAGGGUUACUGAGUAGCAUUGCAUCAUUGAGUGUGUGAUGUUUUUAUUUGUCAACCAAAUAUUGUAUAAUUUGCUUAAACAAUUGAGCAGUCUCCUCCUCUGUCUCUCCCUUGUACAGAGUUGACCCAGCUCAGUGGAGUGGCGGCCAUCUUGCGUUUCCCCAUUGCUGAUCUAUCGGAGCCUGAGGAUGACAGCAGCUCUGAUGAAGAGUAAAUGACACACUGCAACAGAAAAAAUAGACCCGGGGGCACUCUUAGUCUGCAGAACUGAGGAACACAGCGCAAAGUUGCAAGUAGAAGUAGAGUGCAUAGACUCAAUCUGUUGUGGAACAGAACACUGUCAUGUCUAUGCAUUCUAUUUCUAUGUCGAUGCAAUGUUGUCUAGAAAGUUAACCUCUUUUACGCCAAGCCUGUAGUCUCAACCUGUCCAUCAUUGCUUUAUCAUCAUACUCACAGAAUUUGACAUGCUUGUGCUUUUGGGUAUAAAGUAUGGAGAAAAAAUAUGUAUGCACUCACUAACUGUAA